GUUUGCCUGGUAGGAUUACAGGAGAGUACAAUCAUGGAUAAAUACAUGCAUCUGUUUGGGCCGACGUCGGGUGACUUUCUGGCUGUUGCUCUUCCAAACUUUGGAGCCGGAGACAUCAAUGGUUCCAUGGACACAACGCCCCCAGCCCCACCCGUCAAAGAGCCCCAGGCCUGGGAGAAGCCUCUGACGGUUCCAGAAAUAAGGAAGAGCAGUAAUAACUGGUCACUGGCAUCAGACGCAGGGUUGCUGUUGUAUCUACAAGAGUUCUCAACCAAGAUGUUAACCAAAACCAGUGAUCUUGAGAAGAAGAUGGACGGCUUGGUGCAUGAAACCAAAUGCACCGACUCAAGAGUGCAUAACGUCUUCAACGAUUUCCUCAUGUUGGCGAAUACACAGUUCAUUGAAAAUAGAGUGUAUGAUGAUUCCGAGGAAACAGACCAGAAACCUGACACUGCAACCAGCAAGAAAGAAGAUCAGACUAAGACGAGGGAGCAGAGAGAAGCCGAAGUCAUCCCCAGGGUUAUUAAAGCUCUGAAUCUCGGCAUCAACGUCUUAGACACCGCCUUCGAGGAGCUGGACGCUAACAUCGAUAACUCUGAUUCUGAAGAUGAAGAUGCUACGUAUAAAGCCGUCUUGGAACCCAUCCUGGAACCAAAGGAUCUGUAUGCCCAUCGUGCACUGCCGUACUUGAUAGGCAGUCCAGCCUUCAUGCAGGAUGAUAGCGUUGGAGUAGCUGAGAUCACAGAAGAAGAGAUGAGCGAAGAGGGUUCGAUCAGCGGUUCUGAGAAGACGACAUCAGAUUCGGAAUCAGAGUACACUGAGACCGAGACAGAUAGUGAGAUUGAGUCUGAUACGGCCAUGCACCAGAAGAAACCAACGUUACAAGAAAGGAGUCGAUCUGAAUCCGAGGGUGACCUGUUUGAUCAAAACGAGAAAUCAGCCGAAAAUGAAGAAGACGAGAAACCGAAGGGUGGAGCCUUUGCCAAUGAACUAGCUGCAAGAAUUGGAACUGCACUCCCUAGCAGGCUGGAGGAGGAAGAGGCAAAUCGAGACAGGUCAAUCUCUGAGGCUAGUGCGGCGUCGACGUCCAGCAAGGGAAAGAAACGCAAGAAGGCUGCAGGGAAAGAUAAAGGUGAAAAGCGAAGGUCGGCUUCCAAGAACAGCAGUGAUAACCUGUUUGGUGAACCAGCACCUCAACCUGAGGUAGAAGAAGAUGAAGAUUCACCAUUUGGGAAGCGAGGAGGUCUCUUCAGUUCCUCAGGAGGAGGAGGGCUCUUUGAAGAUGACCAGGAGGAAGAGGGGGGUUUAUUUGAUGAGGCUCCACAACGCAGCCAAUCAAUUCGAAGAGAUGACCACAUAUAUGAAGACAUCGGAGCUAUGCAUGAGCCAAGAGCCACAACAGGGAGUGUUAAGAAGGUACCAGCUGGCGCCGUGCCACUCUUCGGUGACAGCGCGGGAGAGGAUGACUUGUUUGGCAGCUCGCCAACAUCCAAAGCGGCCGGGGAUUCCUUGAGGAGGAGGCAACAAGGUCAAGAGAAGAAAGCUGCUAAGGGAGGAGGAGGAGGGUUGUUUGAUGAUGAAGAUGAUGAUGGAUUGUUUGCUGCAGCAUCAGCUCCAAAACCACUCAAGAAAGAGCCGACAAAGAAGACAGUUGACUUGUUUGAUGAUGACGAUGACGACGGUGAUUUAUUCGGAGGAAGCUCUGCUGCCAAACCUGCCGCUGCUGCUCCACCUCCAGAGAAGAAAGAAUCCAAGAAAAAGCGCCCUGCAGGAGCCGUGUCGAUGUUUGGCACCGUCGAUCCAUUAGCCGCCAGGAAAUCAUCUCUAGAACAUGAGGACGAACAGAAGGAAUCCUCCUCCCCGCCUCCCGUUGCCAAGAGGGAGCCCAAAGCAGCUGAGAAGAAGUCCGCCAUGUUUGAUGACGAUGAUGAGGAGGAAGGAGACUUGUUUGCUGGGAAGACCAAAAGUAAACCGGCUCCGACUAGUGCACCUGCCAGGAACUCGUUAUUUGCUGAUGAAGACGGGGAACAAGACGGACUGUUUGCUGAUAAGGAGAAUAUUCAUGUUCCAGCUGCGUCUAAGCCCACUAUAAUCAAACCCGAUGCUAACAAGAAGCCGUCUGGUGGGAGUUUAUUUGAUGACAUUGAUGGCGAUGAUGAUGAUGAUCUGUUUGGAGCGGCUUCACAACCCAAGGAAACGGCAAAGAAGAAGCCGGCUGGAGGUGUGGCUUUGUUUGGAGGGGCGUCGCCAAAGAAAGACGAUUUAGAAGAGAAACCCACAGUCAAGAGACGUGACAAGAGUCCAAAGACCAGAACAACGUUGAGUUUGUUUGAUGACAAUGAUGACAAAGAUGAUAAUUUGUUUGGUGGCAAAUCGACAGGAACAAAAGAUGAUAUGAUGACAAGGCGUCGUACUAAGAGUAAGAGUGUGUUUGACGAUGAAGACGUACUCUUUAAGAUCCACGAAGAAGCGCCCCCUGUGGAUCUCUUUGGGUCAGUUAGUCCAGUCGCAGCAGCUAAGCCCGAUUCAAACCUCGAUAAGCCAAGAUCAGCCUCCUCAGCUUCAAAAAGCCUCUUCAGCGACGAGGAUGAUGACGACCUCUUCAGUGCCGCGGCAAAGGCGUCGCCAAAACCCGCUUCCAAACCUUCAUCCACCAAAAAACACCCUGAACCCACGACCAAGCCAAAGAGCGCCUCUUUGUUGUUUACUGAUGAGGGCGAUGGUGGGGACCUGCUGGGAGGGCUUAAAUCUCCACCCCCAGAGGUCAAAUCGAGGUCUGGGAGUAAAACAUUGACUCCCGAGGUGAAGGAGCAACCGUCUGCGAAGAUUGGAAGUGAGGAAGGUUCGGCGGAGGCUGACCCCUUGUUUGGGGAACAGCAAUCACCUCCUACCACUGCUGCCAAACCUAAGAAGCCUGCCGGUGCAGUGUCGAUGUUUGCGGGGCUGGACCCCUCUGUUAUCAAACGACAGCUCUCGUCCGGAUCGACCAAUGAGGAUGAAGAUAAGGAUAAGCGUAACCGUUUAUCGAGUAGCGGUUCGGACCAUACAAGCCCCAAGCCUUUCAUGGCACCGUCCUCCUCCUCGACUAAUAAGCCCGCCUCUGUCAUCCGGUCAGUCAAAGCACCCCAGGCUAAGAAGGGCCCUGGUGCUGGCAACAGAAUUAGCAUGCUUCAGUCAAACCUAGCGAUAAACCCCGCAGCAAUGAGGCCCGGUGCUGCCCCACCCUCCAGGGACACGGAGCCAGGGGCAGUCUCAUUUGAAGAUGCACCCAAGAUCCAAACACUCAGUAGCCUCAACAAGGGUCGUGCCAAGGUGUCAGGUAAGCGUCGAGCCCCCUCCCGUCGACACCGUACGGAAGGAGCUGCAGGUGGUCCAACCCUAAGAGGGGAAUCAAGUCCUCUGAGUUUCUCUGCCGAUCCACUGUUUGAGGAUCCAUCAACUCUAGGAGGUCUACCUAAUAUCUCUUCCAGCCCAAAGGGUGUAAGUGAUGUAACGGGAAUUUCAAGUAACGGGACGUCGGCCAGUAAACGGAAAGAUGACGUCCUUCCAGACUUUGCAGCCCCUCUCGGUUUCACAAGUGACGUAACCCCCACCUCAUCGACCCUCAGCAAACCUUCCAAAAAACCAGCCGACAUGUUCGGUAACGACAAUCUCUUCUCUGCCAGUCCAACAUCAACCAUCUCACCUCCUCCUCUGGAACCAGAAGACGAUGCCGACUUAUUUGCAUCCAUCCCAAAAGUGAAAGCAAAACCCGCAAUGAACAUUGAUGAAGAUUUGUUCUCCUCGAGUCCUAAGCUUGAGCCGAGCAAGAAGAAGGAUCCGUUUGCUGAUGAUUUAUUCGGGGAGGCACCUAAGAGCAAGAAGCCAGGGAAGAAAGUCGGGAAGACAAAGACGGACGAUGACUUAUUUUCUACGGAGUCACCGAAAAAGAAAGAUACCAAGUCUACAGCGCUUUUAGUGGAAGAUGACGAUGAUCUGUUUGCUUCAGUGCCGUCCACUAAGACCAAGAAAAAGAAAGAAACCAAGAAGUUAGAGCUUGACGACGAUGAUGACCUUUUUGCUACCAAGAAACCAGCAGAGAAGAAAGCUACCUCCAAGAAGACGGACACAGACCUAUUUGGGGACAGCGGCAGUGACAUAUUUGGUGAUAUCCCAAGCAGUAAGCCCAAAGACAAGAAGAAAAAGAAAGAAUCUUCUCUUUUUGCUGAUCCAGCCGAAGAUGAUAUUUUUGCAUCACCAACGAGCUCAAAACCCAAGAAGACAAAGGUCAAGAAGAAGACCACAGAAAAGAAAGCGGCCUCUGGCGCAUCCAUCUUUGAUGAAUCCGCUCCGAGUAUCUUUGACGACCCGUUGAAUGCCUUGGGGAAAUGAUCAUCUUGCCUUAUUUUUAAGCCAUACAGCAUUAAUUUCUGCUUAGCAGGUGGAACUUGCUUAGCACGGUUUGUGAUGGUUACCAGGCAAUUGUUCUUUCUGAUUGUGUCCAUGGUGGCCGGUGCUCAAAAGUGCUGAAUAAAAAUAAUUAAUUUUCAAAUUGCAAACAUGCCAAUAUCUGAAUUUGUCCUAGGGAGUGGGGAUUCAAUACUUCUGUUUCUGUGCUACGAUUGACCAGCAGCUGAUUGCACGAAAUGCUAGGAUUAAUCCUAUCUCCUCGAGUUUGGACAAGGAUAACCCGUCCUAACUUAAGAUGGGUUCAA